GAAUCAUUAUAUUUCAAACAUACUUUGUUUAUAUACCAACCAAGCAUACUACAUCGUACCAUAAAAUAGAAAACAACAUUUUGUACAAUAUUUAACAAGUGAACAGAUAUCGACCAAUUGGCAAUGUCCAUUUAAAGUCCAAGGACACCAUUGGACUUAACAUGAUAAUUAUUGGUUUAUUCCUCUGCAUCCACAACAUAUACUUUACUCUAUUUCCUCACUGCUAAUAUUUUAGAAUAUAAUGUACUUGUAAUUAAUGAAAUAUAGAUUAUCUUAUUUCUCAUGUUGGUUAUUCAUUCAUUUAACUCAUAAAUAACAAUUUAAAACACUCGAAUUAACGUAAAAAAUGAAUGGAAAAUUGUUAGUCUUGUAAAGUUAUUAAGAUUUCCUCAGAAUUAUCAUGUCUGAACCAUCAUCUCCACAACAACAACAUCAACAACAAUCUGAACAUCAUGAACAAUCACAAAGUCCACAUAGUGAAAUCGGUAAUGAAUCUACACAGAAUAAUUCACCAUCGAUAAUAACCAUAAAUCAAGAUCAACGUGAAACAUAUUCCAGAGAACGACGUCAUGAUCGUAAUGUUUCAUUUCGUCAUAGACGACAUCAAGAUUUAUCGCCAAGGUUUGAAGAUGAUCGAAAUAUUAUCUACUUGAAUGAUCCAAACACUAGAUAUUAUCGUUCACAAAAUCAAUUAAGUGAUCCAUCAGGAUUUUGGUUUCAACGCAGUGCUAGUGCAAGAAAUAUCCGUUUAAGAUCAGGAGUAAGCCAUAAUCAUUUGCAUCAACUCAACUUACAUGUUGAUGAUAGAUUAACAAAUCAAAUUCGUCGAUCAUUUCAGGAUAGAAGCAACGGCUUAAGUCAAGAUACAUUAAUUGAACGGCAAAAUUUAGUUUUGGUUCCAAUGUAUGGGUUACUUCGUCCUCGAAGAUCAAAAAAUAGAUCUCAUAGAUUAUCAGCAGAUCUAGAAAAUCCACAACGUCGUCAGGUAGAACAAGAUGUUUCUGGUUUCCGAAAUUUGAACAAUUCGCUCUCAUCCCCGUUGAAUGAAGAAACUGUAGACCGACCAAUUAUUUUCACUAAUCCUACAAGUCGAAAUCCUCAUCAACAACCAUUAUCUACUAAUACAGCCCAAACACUCUCUCUACGUUCACCAAAUGAAGAUAAUAGUGAUCGUGCUUUACAAGCUGUUCGAUCUCAAGCACGAAUAGGUUCCGUCCAAACAUCCAGAGUUACACAAGCUGUACAAACAAGAGGUUUGUAUCAAGGUCAGUUAAGACGUCCUCAAAAUGAUGUAGCUCACCAGCGUCAUAUGGAUGCAAAUCUUGGUGUAAAUGAUCCAUUUGCAAUGAAUAUCACUUCGAGCACAAAUCACCUAAGCGGAAUGCAGCAGCAGUAUGAAAGUGGAGGGCCGAACAGAAGUAGUAAUAAUAACAACAGUAGUAAUCAUCAUGCACAAACAAAUGAAACAGUUGAAACUUAUAAUUCACCUAAUAGUAGCAGAGAUAGAGAAAUCUAUGUAUUGCGUAAUAACCAGUCAUCGAUUCAACCUCCUCAAUUGUCUAAUAUCGAUAAUGCUAGUAUGACUACUAGUAUAAGUGAUGCUAGUAGUAUUGAAGAUUUACAUGUAACAGAAAUUGUAGCCAAUAGUCAUAAUGAAUCAGUAAUACAUCGUCCUAGACUAUAUGAAGCAAAUAAUUCAGAUACUGAAAAAAUUGUGAAAAGACAAGAAGUCAAAUAUACAGAGAAGAGAACAGAUGCAACCGAUUGGAGGGCUAAUUUAUUUGGAAGUCGUCAAUUAUGGCGUCAAAUGCUUAUUACUGAAAGAUUUGCUGAUGUAUGGUUUAUUGUUGGCGGUGAUGAUAUAUUAGGUAAUAAUACAUCAAUAAGUUUACAUUCAAAUGAUUCCAGUGCACCAGGUGGUCCAAAAUGUCAAAUUAAUUGUUGUACAAAUAAACAAUUAUUAAAUGUAUCAUCAACACGAUCUACAAAUUGUUCAAACAGUAUAAAUAAAUCACGUCUGAUGUACAACAAUAAUGAUAGUAAUACUACUACUACUACUACUACUACUAAUAAUAAUAAUAAUAAUAAUAAUAAUAAUAGUCAUAGUAAUGGUAAUAAUAAUAAUAAUCCUCCCAAUACAAUUACAAUUACUACUCGUACUAUUACUGCUAAUAACAAUACUACUACUAAUAAUACUACUACUAAUAAUAAUAAUGAUAAUAAUAAUAAUAAUGUAUAUAAUACUCCAUUAGAUAUAUUAUAUUCAAGAUGUACUGAUUCAGAUCAAGAGAAUACUAUUGAUGAUGCAACAGAUUUGAAUUCAGAUGGUGAACAACCAUCGUGUCAUUCAGAUCAUAAUACAGAUAAUAAAUCCAAUGAUUAUAAUUCACAAAACAUAUCACAUAAAUUAACUUCAACGAAUAAUUUAUUAAAUAGAACAAGUAAUAAUAAUAAUAAUAAUUCAAAUUGUAUUCAUCCAAUGGAUCCUAGUAAAGGAUCAUUGAAUGGAACUAAUGAUACAGAACCAAUUAUUUGGCGUUUUGCUGCACAUCGUUUAAUAUUAGCAGCUGCUUCACCAGUAUUUGAAGCAAUGUUUUAUGGACCAAUGGCAGAUUGUGAUAAUAAAAAUUCGGAAAAUCGUCGAGAAUAUCAUAUACCAGAUAUUCAUCCAAAGGCAUUUCAAAUUAUGCUAUCUUAUAUCUAUAGUGAUGAAUUAUUAGUGGAGAAUGAUAUCAAUUUAUUAUUCUAUUUAUUGUAUGCAACAAAAAAGUAUAUCCUUCCACGUUUAACACAAAUUUGUGUUGAAUACUUAAAAGAUUUAAUUACAGCUGAAAAUGUUUGUAUGAUGCUUGAUCGUAGUAUAUUUUUUGAUGAAGUUGAUCUAACUCGUCGAUGUUGGCAUGUAAUCGAUGUUUUGGCCCCAGAUGUAUUAAUAUCACAAGGUUUAUUAACAUUAAAUUCAAAUUGUGUACAUGAUUUAGUUAGUCGUAAUACAUUAAAUUGUCAAGAAUCUGAAGUAUUUGCUGCUGUUGGACGUUGGGCAGGAGCUGAAUGUAAUCGUUUAGGUAUAAGAGAUGUUGUUUCUAAUAGAGUACAAGUUGCAGCAAAUAUAUUACCAUUAAUUAGAUUUCCAACAAUGACAUUAAGUGAUUUUGCUGAAAAUGUUGCUUAUUCAGGUUAUCUUUCAUUAGAAAUGGUACGUGAUUUAUUUGUAUACAUAACAACAAAUAAAUUGAAUAUACAAAAAAAAGAUAAUACAUUAUCAAUAACACGUCGAUCAAAUUCAUUAGCAACUAAAAAAAAUGAAAAUUCUAUUGAAUUGACAGAAAAUGAAAUGAAAUUAACAAAUUCAUCGGUAUCUACAUCAAUACAAUUAACAAAUAAUCAAUCAUCAUUACAAUUAAUAACAAAUUCAUUACCAGAUUCUGGACCAUUUCCAUGUGAACCAAGAAUAGGACCAAAAUUAUGGAGAUGUUGUCGUUUUAAACGUAUUCGAAAAGAUUUAUUAUCAUUAAAUACAUCAAAUAAUCAUAGGCAUACAAUUAGUUUCUCUGUAUCUGCAUCUAUAUUUAUUGCUGGUGUUGGAAUUUAUGGUUCAACACAAGUUGGUGAUAUUCGUACAGUUCAUGUUGAAUUAAAAACAGGAAAUGGAAAUACACCUCUACCAUCACCAGCUGCUAUAACACCAAAUUUAAAUCAAUUAUCAGAUCGAUUGUAUCUUUCACAAGCAUCUAGAAGUACAAGUGACCUAACUAAUUUGAAUGUAUCUACACGUUUAUUUCAUAACAAUAGUAAUACUAAUAAUAAUAAUAAUAAUAAUAACAAUCGUGGAGGCAAUUUAAAUAUUUGGGAUAUUACAGGAUUAUCAAGAUUAGAUGAAGGUGAUUCAUUAAAUCAUUUCAAUAAAAAAUAUUCAACAAAAUGUCUUGCUAGUAAACAAAUUUCAUUACGAUCUGAUGGAACUAAUCGUGUUUAUGAUAUACGAUUUCGAUGUCCAGUAAAGUUGGUUAAAAACAGACGAUAUUAUUUAAGUUUAAGCACAUCAAAUUCUGAUCAUCAUAAUCCAGCAUCAAUGUCUACAUCAUCUACAGCAAUUAAUUCAUCAACAUCAUAUAUUGGUUUCUAUGGUGGCACUGAAAUUAUGAUACAUUGUCCAUCGGAAGAAACAUUAAAUAAACGAAAUAAUAAUGAAACAAUAACAAAUAUGAACAAGAAAUCAUCAUCAUCAUCAACAACAACAACAACACCACCAACACCAUUGUCAUCUUCUAAUAUUCGAAAGAAACGAUUAGAAAUAAAUAAAUUCAAUGAGAAUACUUAUUUAUUAGGUAAUAAUGAAAUGGUUAUAUUUAAUUUUCAUGAUAGUUGGGAUGGUUUAGAAAAUGGUAGUGUUGAUAGAGGAUUAAUACCGGAUUUAUUAUUUUAUACUUGUUUCUAAGAAAGAAAACAAAGAUUUAUCAUUUCAUUUCAAUUAUUUCUAAUAAACAUGAACCUAAUAUGUUCCCUUUCAUGUACAUUAACUUUUUAUUGGUCAAUUUCAUAUUAUUGUUAUAUAUGUGAAAUACAAUUGAAAAAUUCUAUGAAUGAUUGAAACUUAUAUCUAUGUAAUUGUAACCUUCCAUUCCUCAUUACCCUAUCUUUUCAUAUGAUAUUAUACUCUAAAUUCAUAUGAAUACAACAUAACUAUUGCUCAAUAUGAUUCCUUUCUAAAAAUUCGAUAUCCGGUGAAAACUACUUAAAUGAUUAGUUAGUAAGAUAAAUUUUCUAAUGAAAAAAAAAAAGAAACGAAGGACAUUGAUAUUUCAGAAUUAUUUUAUUAUUAAAUAUCAGAUAUUACAUCAUCUAUUGUUUCAUUAAAAAGUCAAGCUUAUUAAUGAUUUGAAUAAUAAUAGAUAAUCAAUAAACAAUCAUCUAAUCAUCAUAUAUUGUUGUCAUUGUUGCUCAAUAAAAGGCCAUUAUAUAUGGUUGAA